ACAUAUAGUUUGAUGCUACCUUUUGCAAAUUUUACAAUCCACAUUUUCGCAAUUUCCGAAAAUGGCAACUUCUCCUAAUACAUCAACUUUGUCGAAAAAGAAGGAUGAAUCUUUCCUAGAAAAGAUUGGGACGCUAGGGAGAAAGAAAAAAACAAAGGAAGCGUUGGAGUUGCAAGAAGAGGGAAAGAAUGCCAUUGAGUCCCCAACCAGUCCUACCACUGCCGAUGUGGGGCCUGAGGGUUAUUUCCUGGAGGAGAAUGAGGAAAGAUCUAUCAUUGACCCAACUUCAAGAGAUGAUCCCAAAGUCAGGGAGCUCAUUAAGUUGUUGCUUGAAUGGAUCAAUGAUGUUCUCGCUGAUGACAGAAUCAUUGUCAAGGACAUUGAGGAAGACUUAUUUGAUGGACAGAUCCUGCAGAAACUUAUUGAAAAGCUUGCAAAGAUCAAAGUUGAGGUCCCUGAGGUGUCACAGUCAGAGCAGGGUCAAAAGCAGAAACUGCGAGUUAUUCUCGAGGUCAUCAAUAAUAUCCUGAACCUGCCUCAGUUAGGGACCUGGAACCAGCAGAAAUGGAGUGUUGACAGUGUACACUCGAAGAACCUCGUGGCGAUUCUUCACUUGUUGGUUGCGCUGGUUCGACAUUUCCGAGCCCCUAUUAGGCUUCCAGAAAACGUCCAAGUAUUCUUAGUAGUCGUACAGAAACGUGAAGGCAUGUUACAGCCGCGAAAAGUUGCAGAAGACAUCACUGGAACCAAUGAGGAUGUGGGUGGAAAAUUUGAGAGGGACGCCUUUGACACGCUAUUUGACCAUGCACCUGACAAGCUGAACCUUGUGAAAAAGACUCUUGUCACUUUUGUGAACAAACAGCUAAUGAAGGUGAACCUGGAAGUUCAAGACAUCCAUUCACAGUUUCAUGACGGUGUAUACCUGGUUUUAUUGAUGGGGCUACUGGAAGGCUACUUUGUCCCUCUUCACAGUUUCCACCUUACUCCUACAGAAUUUGACCAGAAGGUUCACAACGUUGGUUUCGCCUUUGAGCUGAUGCAGGAUGCUGGCUUGCCAAAACCAAAGUCCAGAGCAGAAGAUGUGGUCAACCUUGACCUUAAAUGCACACUGAGGGUUCUCUACAACAUUUUUACCAAGUACAAGGACUCCACUGUUGCCUAGGUGAUCCAAGUUUAAGGUCACUGAAAGGUCAGACGUCUAUAAAAGAUGAAGGUCACUGCCAGAAGAGGCCAAUGCAGAGGUCAGCAGACGGAAGAAUCUCCUAGACUGCAAGAUCUGAUUUAGAAUUAAAUACAAAUUAUCAUGCAUUGUCUAUUAUUAUGAUGUUUUAAUCACAAUGUAACUGAAUUUAAUAUCGUUCUUUGAAAACAAACAUUAUGGAAAACAUGUAUGUUAAAGGAAAGAAAAGUGUCUGACAUUGUCAAUACUUGCUUUGUCAUUUUUUUUUUCAGAAAAAAUGUUCCUUUAACGUUGUUAAAUUAGCUGAAGUUUCUUUUAACUAAUAAUAUAUAAUUGAUGUUUUCUUAGAGAACGAGUAUUGUGUUUUUAAGUUUAACAAUGCUUUCAUUACCGCAGUUGAUCUUAGUUUAAACAUAUAAACCUAUGUUUUAACCUAUAAACCCUAUCAUGAACUGCGUUGGGUAGAGCUUUAAUAUAAAUAUGUUUAUUGGAUAUAAAGAAACAUCAAGAAAUAAGAUUCUUUCCCAGAUAUAAAUUCAAAUUAUUAGGGGUUCAUGAAUUAAUGCUUGUAAUUUGUAUUUUUUUCUGAUGUUUAUAUUAAGUGCCAAUAUCAUUUAUCAUCUUUUUUACAAGUUUUGUACAAAAUGCUUUGUCAUAAUCAUUUUAGCAAUUGAAAGAAUAUUUAUCUAGAUGUAUGUUAUUAUCAUUAUGUUCAUUUUCAAUUGAAUUCAUUUUUGAUAAAACAUUAAAAUGUCUUUGACAGGCAGGUAUUUGCAUUUCUCAAAAUGAUAUACAUUUUAAUCAUUUAUCAUAUUUUAGAAAAAGGCUUAGGUUUAAAGUUCUUUCAGCAGUUUCUUUCGAUAUGCAUGAUACACUUAAAAGAACCUUUAGAUAAAUUCUCUCUGCAUAUAUAUUUAUUGCUAUUUAAUUUUAUACACAAUUUAACUUGUGUAGUAUAUAUAUAUAUAUAUAUGUACACGUAGCUGUGUUUGAGUUAUGUAUAGAAUGUUUCGUUAUUUAAUAUCCAUGUUAUCAUUUUACAAUCAUGUAUUAUUUAAGUAUUGUUGCUGUUUACUCAUAUGUUAAAUGCUUUGUGUUCUUAGAAUAGAUAGUAAACAUUACAGACUGAAUUAAAAUAGUCGAAUAAGAAAACAAAUCUCAAACACAACCAAGUAGCCAUAUGUUACGGAACCGUUACGAGGAGGCUGAGAUUAACUGUGCAAUUACUAGCGUCCGGAUAAAUUACAAUGCUUUUCCCAGAUACGCAUGCAAGUUAUUGAACGUUGUCCUUGACAUCAUGUGACAUAACAGUAACUUAACCCACUACUAUUGAUCGUAAUUGAAAUCGCACUCAUGCACUGAAGCACUCGUGCAUAUUUUAAUAACUCUGGUUGUGGGUGCAUUAACUUAUUCUAAACUUGUUUUAGGACCAGGUAUACAAGUUUUAUUUUGGAAUAAACAUUUCCUGGUACUGGUUUCUAAAGAUAAUUUGAUUUAAAAUUAAUAAUUAAGAAAUUUUGUGGUAUUUCAGUAUAGGUGCUAUCGAUAUUGUAUGUUUUUACUGCAUUAAAGUUGUAAUAAAACUGA